UACAUGUCUAUUUUUGGCUUUCUUUUUCCGUCUUUGUUUUUUGGGCACUUUCUGCCAUUUGAUCGAUUUUUGUUGCUACGCGUUUGACGUCUGUUGUCUUCACCGUUUUCUCACCCAAUCACUUUUGGAUUGCUGGCGUUUUUUCCGAUCUCAUGGUUCCACCGAUUAUUCUUUAUUACCGAUUGAUUUUAUCUACCUUCCACCAGAACUUCUAUCUUGCACUCGAAUCCAUCUUCUACACCUAGCCUACUUCCCAUCGCCACCACAAUUCUCGAUUUUAUGUCUCCUUUAGAUUUGAGAAGGACCUACAUCAAUACUUCUUCAGGAUUCGGAAACCGUCCGACAUCGAUUACACUGCGAACCUCGAUUACACGUGAGAUCAAACGAGAAUGGAGGAGGACGAUUGCAGAGAAGCAGCAAUGUUGGUCUUUCAGCUUUGCAACCGUCAUACUUGGAGAAUCAUAUUUUGGUAAGGAGAAGUUGACGCCUGCAUAUAUGCUUUCAGAUGGAAAAUUAGAUAGAGCUGGAAGAGCCCAAAACUUACCUAAAAAGGUCAAAGAUGGAGUCAGAGGUGUGGAAUCACAUCAAGAAAACACCCCUUCAGCUAGAAGUGUUGAUCGGUCAUCCAUUGGUGACGAAUACCAACGAAGAGCGGACGAGGUACGAUGGUUUUUUGACGUGGGGAAAAUAGAACGAGCCUCAAUGAGGGAAAUUGGGAUUUGGGAAUUGGGAGGGCUACCUUCAGCCUCAAUCAUAGCGGUUGGUGAUGAAAUUAUUUCUGGAAAGAUGGAGGAUGAAUUAAGACAUUUGUUGUUCAGGAAGCUUCAUUAUAUUCAUUGGAGUGUUUGCCAUAUUGCUGUUGUAUCAAGUUAUUUUAUUUGUUCUAUAUUGGUAGAUUAUGUAGCUCAAGAAGUUGAAAUCCAAAAGUCUACAAGUUACAUGGUUUUCUUAUAUGGAGGAGUUGGUCCAUUACCUUCAGAUGUUUCCAUUGCAGGAGUUGCCAAAGCUCUUAAUGUUUGUUUGCACCCAGCUGCAAAAUCACAUGUUUCGAAUACCCAGUUGAAGUGCAAGAUUGGAAAUUUGGGCAAGAAUGGCAGAUUGCCAGAUUGUUACAGCUGA